AAUUCGAAAUCGAAAUAAAAGAUGAAGCUGAAGAAGUUAAAGCCGAAGUUGAAGAAGACAAAGUUGAAGAAGAUGAAGUUAGAGAAGCUGAAGUUGAAAAAACUGAAGUUAAAGAAGCCGAAAUCGAAGUUGAAGAAGAGGUUGAUAAUAAUCUUAAAACAGAAGAGGUUACUAUUGAUGAAGCUGCUAUUAUCGAAAAAAUAUACUAUCAUUUUGAAUUCAGUAAUAGUGAUAAAGAUAGUGUUGUUAAAAUUAAGAAAAUUUCUUAUUCUGUCACUUUGAAUAAAUGCAAAUCAUUUAUACUAUAUAUAGAACAACAGGGCCUCAUAAAAUUCAUAGAAGACCAAGAUCUACCAGUAUUAUGA